UUGGUAUACCAAUUUUUUAUGACUGUACCACGGAAACAAGAGGGCUGCAAAGAACCGCCAGUGAAGUCAACACACAGAUCACUAAUGACAUGCAGCAGGAGCUGGAGGAUUUCCAGUCACAAAGCCCUGAACAUCAGCCGCAAGACUUCCCGAUUCAGUGCCUUGAUCAUCAGGAAGGACCUGGUGCAUUGAGUGAGGAUGUUACCAGACGUGCAGCUGCAUUUGUCAUCAAUGUCCGGGAACAAUGCCACCUGUCCCAGAGGAGCAUCAACAGUAUUGUCUCUGGAGUGCAGCAGUAUCAAAGUGCUCUUCUGAAUACCUUGAGGGACACCAUGAAGAGGAUCUUCGAAAGACAUUCAGACAGUAUGGAGAAACUCCAAGAGGAGGCACUGGCAACCUUGGACAAUUUACAAGAUCCUUUCUCCACAAUGGCCACUAGAUACAAGCAGGACAUUAACCUUGAGAGACUCUUUAGCCCAGUAAAACCAGAGGAGGUAGUGAUAUCUCAAAGGGUUUGUAGAGUUAAGAAAGGACAAUCAAGGGUUCUUGCAAUCAAAAACAAAAGUUUUUACUACAUACCAUUAAUUAAGAGUCUUCAACAGCUGUUGUCCAAUUCCAGAAUUUUUGACAUGAUCAACACCACACCACAGAGCUGCCACAAAGAAGGGUUUUUGUAUGACAUUAUUGAUGGGAGCUUUUUCAAAUCCCACCCACUGUUUUCAAAUAAACCCUCUGCUUUGCAGGUGAUAUUGUAUUCUGAUGAAAUAGAGAUAUGUAAUCCCCUGGGACCACACGCUACAGCAAAUAAAUUGCUGAUGGUUUAUUAUACUUUAGGAAACAUAGACCCAAAGUUUAGGUCAAAGCUUGCUGCAAUCAGACUCCUUGCUAUAGCAAAAGCUAAUGAUAUUGAUGAGUGUGGUGUUGAGGUUGUCUUAGAAAGAAUUCAUAAAGACUUAGAGUUGCUGUAUAAUGGUGUCAAAAUCCAAACGAAGAAUGGGCAGAUGGAUUUAUUUGGUGCUGUAGUUUCAGUAUGUGGUGACACACUUGCCCAACAUGAACUUGCUGGGUUCAAGGAAGGGGUUGGCUUGCACAGCAAGUGCAGGCAUUGUGAAUGCACCUUUGAUGAAAUGCAGGAGAAUUUUGAAAAAGUUUUACUGAAAGGACAUUGA